GGUCAGAGGAAGAGAGUUACAAACAGACAGGGGCAAUAGGCUUUCAGUUGUGGGCAGCGGUAGCUUUGCAAGAAAUGUGUGUAUCCGAAUGCUUGGAGACGACUAUGAUUUUGGAAUUAACCAGCGCGUUAUACCUGCUUGCCGCCUGCAAAGUAACGUUUACCCCAUCUGUAGGUUUGUAUCUCUGUCGUGUUGCCGGACUUACUAAGAGCGCUUUUGUUUUGUUUUCCACAAUACACUCUACUCUACACAACAGUCAUUGGCAGUGACUCUCCUCUACACAACCAAACACAAGUAUUGGCUGUGUGUAGCUGGCUCGCUGCUCUGGCUGCCUUAGCUAGAGCUACUUGGUGCUUGUUGUGUUUGGUUGGAUAAAAACACUUUACUCGUGGCUGUAGUCGUCGAAGGUUUGUUUUUACGUAUGGUAGCGCUCGCUCUCUAGUGUGGAGUGCCUUUGAAAGCAAUUCAUUUAUUUUUAUUUGUUAAAUCCAAUACCAAAAUACAAGAAAUCAUAAUAAUUUGCAUACAUUACAAAAAAAGAGUAAUUAAAGAAUGCCUACAGAACGUCGUAAAUAAUAAAAUUUGCCAAACGAAAAUUUUAGUAUUUCAUACAAAAAAAAAAAAAAAGAAAAUCAAAAACAACAAAAAACGGGACAAACACAAAAGCAACAACCCAACAAACAAACAACAAAAGUGAAGUAAAAUUAGAGAUAAAAGAAACAACAAAGCAGAAAUUUUAUAACACAAAAAAGGUUUUUAAAGUUCUCAAAAAAGUGGCAAACAGCAAACUAAAGUAAAAGUUUUAAAUGUUAAAGCCAAACAACUAGAAAGCAGUAAAUAUUGUACAACAAUUUUACAUAUUUAUAAUUUUUACAAAAAAAAGUACACUAUCAUUAAAAAAAAAGCCAUGAGUAAUGUCAAGUUGACACAAACAAACAGCGAAAAUAUAAUAAGAAAAUAAAAAUAUUGAAAUAGCAGUGGCAGCAGCAGUAGUAGCAGCAGUGAGGAGAGCAAGAGCCAAAAGGCAAAGAAACACAGCACCAGCAAAAACAACACUACAGCAAUAAUACUACACACGACAAAAACAGCAGCAACAACAAUAAAAAAGCAAGCACGGUCGGUCGGUCGUAGAGCUAUGUGUGGUGCGGUGUAGUGCAAGAAAAUGAAAAACAAAAACUAGGAAGAAGCAGAUGAAAAAAAGUAAAAUAAUAUAAAAACAUCAAGUGAAAGAAAACAAAUAGAAAUGGUGUUUUUGUCAUUUUACGUCUUCGUCAUUUUAAUGUGUGUUUAGAAAUUAGAAAAUGACAAAUUGUUGAUGAAUUUCGUAAGAUAACAAUAAUGUGCUAAAAUAAACUCACAAACAACAAACCAACAGGCUCCUAGCCAACAAAACAGAAUCAUCAGCAUCAGCAUCGUCAGCAUCAUCACCGACCUCUCUUUUUCACAAAAACAACAAAGCGAAGCACAAACAGCAUUCACAACGUUACGGAAGGCCUAAUCGUCAUACCUACCUAGAUAGCAAACUAACUAACUCAAAGAAAAAUCUCAGUCCAACUCUCUCGUCAUAUACAACAACAUAAAGCCAAGGAAAUUAAGCCUUCUUAAUCCUCCCACCCUCUUCUAGCCACAACAACAAUUCACCAACAUGCCCGAAACGGAAUACGAAUUAAUCAGCAAGGAGUGGCUGCAAUCGGAGCUGCGCUCCAUUUCAGCCUCCUCCUCGUUACGUGAUGCCAAAGAUUUAAUCAUAUUGGACUGUCGCAGUUCGAAUGAGUUCAGUGAGUGCCAUAUAAGGUCGGCCGUUAAUUUUUCCAUACCCAGCAUUAUGCUGAGACGUUUGGCGGCCGGUAAAAUAGAUCUUUUGUCUACCAUCAAAUCGCCCGAAUUGAAAGAGCGCAUACACAAUGGCUAUAAGGUAAGCCUAUUUGUGCUCUACAAUGAUGUAGGAGCUACGGGACAUCAGCAUGACAACUCAUCAUCGUCCACCUCUCCACCGGGAGUCUUGAGUUCUGGCGGUGGCGGCACUGGGGGUCAAACAAAUACCUUGGACCUGAAUAAUUCUAUAGGAGGCGGUGGCGGUGCAAAUGUCGGCUGCGGACCUGUAUUGGGCGUAAGUCCCGAUACCACCAUAAAUGUUUUACACAAACGCCUAAAGCAAGACGGUUGCCGUGUGGUGUCAUUGAAAGAUGGCUUCUGUAGUUUUCGCCAAACAUUUCCCGAAUGGUGUGAAGAUGAUAGUCUACAAAGCAAAGAACUGGAAUCUAGUCGUAGUACCCAGGCAGAUCAAUUAAUGGGUUUAAGGUCCUUGCGUAUAUCCACCCCACAUUCCGAUUCAGCCUGCAGUAGUUCAGCGGAAUCUAGUGACUGUGAAGGCACGUCGCAUCAUAACUUUAACGAGGCACCGGUAGAGAUAAUACCGGGCCUCUUUCUCGGCAAUGCCAUGCAUAGUUGUGAUGCCAGGGCCCUACAGAAAUAUAAUAUAAAGUAUGUCUUAAACGUUACAAAAGAUCUUCCAAAUGUCUUCGAAGCUUCUGGUGGCAUUGAAUAUCUGCAGAUUCCCAUUACCGAUCAUUAUUCCCAAGAUUUGGCCAUGCAUUUUCCCUCUGCCAUACGAUUCAUAGAGGAAGCUCGUUCUAAAAACUCGGCCGUGCUGGUUCACUGCCUGGCUGGCGUUUCACGUUCCGUCACCGUAACGUUGGCCUACUUAAUGCAUACGCGAGCUCUAAAUCUCAACGACGCUUUCACCCUGGUGCGAGAUCGCAAACCGGAUGUAUCACCUAACUUCCAUUUUAUGCAGCAACUGCAUUCGUUCGAACGUCAACUACGUUUGAACACCAACGAGGCCAUGGAUCAAAGUUGCAGCGGCAGCAGUGGUGUGGGAGUAAGUGUAACAACCGCUGACAUUUCCAUGGGUCCUUGUGGCUCAUCGAAAUUCUCUUGCAAUUGUAUAUCGACAGAUUGUAAGUGCAUACAAUCUGGUGGAUAUAUAGCUCAAUUGGCCAAGGCCGCAACGGGAAUAUCCCCCGAUUCCGGUAUUGAAUUUGACCGAUGGACCCCAUCAUCGGAUACUGGACUUAAAUGAGAUCAACUUGUAGGAAAAAGUUUUGUACUGCCGCCUACAAUCAAUGAGCCACUGCAGGCCGUUAAUGUCGACAAUAUGUCGCCGGCCUCCACCAAUUCUUCCUCGACUUCGACCAACACCACCAUUGAGGCGGUGUCCAUGGUUGAGGUGAACAGAAAGUCAUCUACGGAAGAGUAAAGUGUGCUGCAAUAAGCUGAACUAACUCAACAUUGAACACUUGCUUUCUUCUUUGGAGAGUACAAUACAAUGAACUGGGCGUACAAAACCUUUUCCUACCUGUUUCAAUCCUACAAAAGCACAAAUUUUAAGUGUCCCUCCUGCCCCUGCUCCUCAAACAAAACUUCAAAAGCUCCUAAUGUUUUUUUAUUAUUUUUUUUUCUAUUUUCUUUUUGUAACAAUUGUACAUUGAAUUGCAUACCUUCUAUUAAGGGUAUUUAUUUUUAUUAAAUAUGUAUUUUAGUGUAUUAAGUUUCAAUUUGGAGGGGAACGUUUACAAAAAUCCCCUCCUCCCACUCCUUCUGUCUGUCAUCACUACCACAUACACACACACACACAGUAACAUAGUUGAAAUUAAAUCUUUGUUUUUAAACAAACGUGUGUUAAAUUGUUAUAAAAAAUGUAUUAAUGUAAGUGGAAAUCCCUCAAAGCAAAAAACACAUUCUAACUUGUAAACAUUUUGUAAUGUUUUCGACAAAAAAAAAUAACUGAAAAACAAACAACAAAUUAUUAACCUUUGUAUGUACAACGUACAUACAUGCAUUACUGUAUAAGUCAUUAUAUUAAAAAAUAAAACAAGAAUAAUACAAGAUGAAAAACUAACUGCAAAAAAGGAAAAAAAGUUAUGGAGAAUUACUGUAAUUUAUUACAUACAUAAAUAAGUAUUCAAAUACAUUGUAAUAGUCCAUAUACAUACAUAUAUAUUUAUAAAAAAAAAAAACAAACAACCACAAACAAACCUACAGAAUAUAUGAAAAAAGAAUAAUUUUUUAUGAAAUAAAUCCUUUAAAAAUUAAAUUUUAUCAAAUGAAGAAAACAAAAUAAAACAAAAAAUAUUGUCAACAAAAAUAAAAAUGUGGGAUCCACCAUGAUGUUUUGAAGCAACAGAAAUUGCAUAAAUCGAAGAAGAACUACUACGGCAAGAGUAUUGAGCACCUAACUAAACCGAAAAAUACUGAGUUACUUGGGUAGUAACCGAUUUGUAUACCCUACACCAUAGGAUGGGGGUAUACCUCAUUUCAUCAUUCUGUUUUUGUCACCUCGAAAUAUCCUUCUAAGGUCCCAUUAAGUAAUUCAGCCUAAUUCUGAAAACUCCCAGGGAAUUAAUUUCUUCCUCGAAUAAAAUCCUCCUUAUCUGAUUGAAUGGUGAGAGGAAAAGAAGAUUUGAGAGAGGGAAUUUCGAAUUUUCGAAAACAGCUGUUUUCUUUUGGCUAAACAUUUGACUAUUAUUUAUUGGAAAAAGAACAUAAAAUAAAAAAAUAAGCAACAAGAAGUCGUAAAGGUUGUUGAGUUUUGCUUUUAUAAUGUUGACUUUACUUUUUGUAUUUUAAUAGUGCACAAUUAUGGCCUACAGCUUGUCACCAUAUUGUUAUUGUCGUAGCCACAUUUUCAUUUGGAGGUGACGAUCCUCGUCAGGCUCCUGUACGUGAGCAAGCUCGUUCUGGUCAUUGGCUAUUUAAAGGCGCCAAUAUCUCGCCUUAACAUAUCGAGCAUCAUAGGCCGCCCGGCCCCUCACUGAGACCCUCCGCUCCAUACCGCUGAUUAUCCGCGAUUGCCGUUGCAGCUACUCCGUAUGGGACAUUCCACUAGCCAAAACCUGUGGACGCGCCCGGUUGCUCGCAGCUAAGCUUCUCGUGACAGUAAUGAACACCACACAAAUCGGGCCUAAAUGUUCCUACCUUUGCGGUGCUCACUGCAAUUCUGUGCCGGGGCUUUUCACGAUAUUUCCGUGUUGUGAUAACAACUUUCCGUCUUCAUCCAACAAUCGUUGUCUAAAAUGAGAUGCUUCCAGAGUGGUCUGGUCGACAGAUAAAUAGACUGUGUCGUAUUGUUCCUGCUUGCAUGUGGGGCACACAUCCUGCACAUUGGCGUUUUCGCUUGCCAAUAGCGAUUUAGGGUAUCGUUAAACCUACCGGAUCGUUCUUGAGCAGAACUACAAUACUUUAUUUAGUAAUAUAGAGUAUAGAGGUUUGCUUCUACUUUGUGUGAUAUGCUGCUUUAUCUAAAGCCCACUUUUCUAAUCAACAUUUCCGGGCGACGGCCGCUUUCUUUGUAGUUGCAACGACUGCUGGACAUGGUGCUGCGGAAAGCUACUUUUGGAUUUAUUCCUACUCCUGUGUAAAUGCUGCUAAAUGUUACGUCAAGUAUUUUUGAAUAACUGAUGGUAUAAAGUUCGAUGUUGCAAACGAACAAUGUUUCCCACGAACAUUCCAUUAAGGAACAUGAAUUUUGCCCGAUUCUACUUUAAGCUCAAUGAUAAGGGACCUCCUUUUAGUAUCCAACUCCGAACGGCGUGCCACUUACCGACAUCUCUUUAUACAUAUGGGUCUAAGAAUAUUAAAAUACCACAUAUUUGAUACCUAUGUAUUUUAUAGAAUUCUCAUCUUUAAUUGUCAAUAAAACUGAAAAACUUUUGCAAAAAUUCUAUAAUGUAUACGUGACAUAUUUAAACUGAGAGAACCUAACAAAAUUUUUACUUGUUUUUGAUGAAAAAGUGAAAAAUUAAUUCAGUACAUAAUAUAUUGUUUGUAAAUAGUAAGAAGUGGUAUCAAUUUUUCAACAAAAACAAUUAAAUUCAAAAAAUUUUUUUUUUCCUAACACCCUUUCAUUUGUUUGGGGGAAUUUUUCCCAUGUUUUAUUAUCUCAUUCUCCCUUUUAUUUCGAUUUAGAAUACCUAUUUUUUCUCCGUGGGAGAUAUUUGCCUUUUCGAAGUUUGUUUAGAAUAAGGGAAAGGGAGUUGGGGAAAAAACUCCCAGGGAAUUAUUAUUCAGAAUAGGGCUGUAUAUAUUCCUUAUCAUCAUCAAAUUUUAAGUCGAUCUAACCAUUUCCGUACGUGUUUGUCCAUUCAAUAUCGACGCAGUAAAGCUAGCCGCUUGAAAUUUUGACCAAAUACUUCUUAGUAACGUAGGUCGAUUGGUGUUGUAAAUGGUCCAAAUCGUACCGUGUUUAGAUAUAGCUCCCAUAUAAACCGAUCUCCCGAUUUUAUUUCUUGAUCCCUUAUAGGGCGCAAUUCUUAUUCGAUUUGGCUGAAAUUCUGCACUAUGACUUCUAAUAUGACCUUCAAUAUCCAAACCAUGUACUAUAGCCUGAACCGGUCCAAUCGCAUAGCAAUUCUUAUCCAUUAUCCUUAUUUGACUAUAAAGAGAUAUCGGGUAAAGAACUUGACAAAUGCGACCCAUGGUGGAGGGUAUAUAAGACAGGGCUGCGGAGUCGGAGUCGAUAAAAUUGUCUCGCCUCCGACUCCGGACAAAGUAAUAAAAAAUACAUCAAAAACUAUUUUUUUUUAAUAAAAAAAUAAAAUGGUAUUUUAUAGUAGACUGUUGUAUUCGCGAAAACUUAAUUUGUUUUCGCGCUUCUUGGUUGGUCACAAAAAUUAUUUCAUUUUGGUUUUGGAUUACACCCAACCAAUACAGCUUCUACCAAUGUUUUUUUUUCUUUGCCUCUAUUUCAAAUAGAAAAUCAAACCAACAAUAAACCUUUAAAGAGUCUCAGCAAUGUGGUGUGUUAAAUGUUUUGGCAGCGGGCUACAAUGAUCGCGAUUUCGGCCUUUGCCAGAGGCCUCAUCAGAUUGUGAUAACACCAAAAGAUUACAUGCUUCCACCUACUCACUAAUUAGUGAGCAGUGCAAUGGUAGAAGCAUGCCCUUCGAAGGAACCGUUGGAUCUUGUUAGUCAAUCUUUUCUUAUAACGCAGUUAGAAAAAAAAUCAACAGCCAACAUCUCUUCAAAAAAAUUAUAAGAUAAACCUUCAUGUAUAAUUUCACAAGGAUCGGUUGACAAAUACUGCAAUAAUAUCCACAUCUAAACCGAUAUCUUUCAAUUUCAAUAGGCUUCGUCUCUAGGCGAAAAAAGAUUCCUGUAAUAAAUUUGUACCCACAUUAACAUUGACAGAAAGACAGACAUAUGGGUAGAAAAAUAUCAAUUCAAGCUAGAGUUAGGAAAGAGGAAAUCUAAUGAAAUUUGGAAUAGCGUAAAAUGGACGAAUGAAAGUAGGAAAAAAAAUUUUCCCGUCUAUAAGGUCGUGUUUUGGGGGAAAUUUGACUAGUCGAAAGUCGGCAAUUUUUUAUACCUCGUAAAAUCAAACAAAAAUGUUAUCAAAAAUUCUCAGGAGGGAGAUUUUUGGAAACCUUUAUAAUCUUGUUGCAUUUAAAGGAUUCUAUGUUUAAAAAAAAAUUAAUUACCCUACUUCUUUUGAAACCAGGUGCGGUUGUAUGUCAAAGUCAUUAAAAUCCACUUUUCUUCGUUAAAUGUUAAGAAAAUUAUUUGUUUUGUUAUUAAAGCAUAUUGGCAAAGAAAAAUGAUUUUUUUUAAAAAAUUUAAAUUUUUUUUUGAAAAACGUGCUCGGAGUUCUCUCCAUAGUCGGAGCCAAAAUACGUUGACGGAAAUUAUUUUUGAACCUUUGAGGCAAUACCAUAUAAGAAUUUUUUUUACUUUCAAUCCGUUUCAACUUAAAAGGCCAAGAAUAUUAUCUGGUAUAUGGUAACCUAACUAUUUUAUGAAGUAACUAUAUAGUUGUUGGAGCUAUUUGUACGCCCUCCACCAUAGGAUGAGAGUAUACUUAUUUUCACAUUCAGUUUGUAACACCUCAAAAUGUUCGUCAGUCUACGGAGUAGCUUUAUUCCGCUCAAUGAAAGCCCACAUUUUACUGGAAGAAUUUACUUCUUGUGCACCUAGAAGACUCAAAUAUUGACCGAUUAAGUUAAAAAGGCAAUAACUUCUGUAACGACUUCCAAAAUAUAUGGCCAGUAUUGCCUGAAUCGGUCUAUAAUCUGAGAUAACUUUCUUACAGACAAUUCUGUCGAUUUGACUUUUUGAAUAAAUUUUGCACAGACUUUUUAUUUUGAAUUUACCCAAUCAUGCGAAGAGUCAUGCCGACAUCCUAUUUAACCAAUUUGACACAGCGAAACGGUCGGCAAGACGGCGAAUGUCUUAUAGGAAGAUCCGGAUCGUGAGAAAACGAGGCUAUUACUCAAAGAAGGUAAGAAGGAUGCCAGUAUAGCUCUCAGUAUCUUAACGGAACACACAGGACUUGUGCAAAAUAGGUACGGCAAGUGAUAGUAUGUGUAGGGAAUGUGGGGAAGAUGAUGUGACGUAGGAGCAUUGCCUAUGUCAUUGUCCGGCUUUCGCGGCUAACAUACAGUGGCACUUAGGUGGGCACACAAUACCAGAUAUGAAUCAACUAAGGAGCAUUUUAUGGAAAACAAUUAGGGACUUUGUAAGUAGAACGGAAUUUCCAACUUAGAGUUUCUUUUUCGGGCUUACUUGUUAGUAUCAAUAAGCCGAUUACUGGCUUAGGUUGUUGAUGUUGUAGCCACAUUUUCAUGUGAAUGGGUUGAUCCUCGUCAAGCUCCUGUAGGUGAGCAAGCUCGUUCCGGUCCAAAGGACCGAUCGCCGCGGGAACAGGAUGACCAUUAGUUAUUUAAAGGCGCCUAUAACCCGCCUUGUCCUAUCAAGCAUCAUAGGCACUCAGUAUUUGUGUAAGAAUCGGUGCCGUUAGUCCUCUCACUGAGACUCCGCUGGAUACCGCUGAUUGUUCGCGACUGCCGUUGCAGCUUCUCCGUAUGGAGCAUUCCACUAUCUGCAACCUAUAGACGGUAGUUCGCAGCUAAAAUUCUCAUGAUAGCAAGGAACACCACACAGAUCGGACCUCAAUGUUCCAGCCUGUGUGGUGCUUACAGCUAUCCCGUGCCGGGCAUAGGUGUAUGUCCUUAGUGGCAUUGGGCGAAUUAAACCUCUUUUCAACCUUACCUAAGCUUAUAUGGAUAAGUUUUUAAUUUCUGGUUAAAAUAGAAAUCGUCCAAACGAUUUGGCGAAAUCCGAUCCACGGUGAAGGGUACAUAUGAUUCGGUCCGGCCGAACUUAUAGUUUUUUAAUUGAAUAUAAUUUUUUAAUUUAUUUUUUCCGAUGGCCUAUCUGUUACAAAGCUUGAAACUAUGUCGUUAAUCAAAUCUUUUUCCUUCUAUAAAAGUUUCCAAAACGAACCGCCUCCGUAUACAACACACUGCUACAACAACCCAAACCCAUGGCAGUCGUUUGUACGCACCCGAUUGACCCGAUAGAAUCCUUCAUCGGCAAGGGCUGCCGCCUCAGUGCACGUGUUCGUCCUUUUCUCGUCAUAGAAGAGGCACUUCCCGGAGUGCCUUCUCCACACGCUUCUGGUUCGUGCCGGGAUUGAAAAGAACCCCUGACCCUGGUUCUGUUCGGUUUGCCAGAACCGCCUCCAUCAUCUGUCGGUGUCGGUGAGCUGUAACCGGAGCAUGGAGUGGGUACAUUUCCAAUCUUGCUCUGACCCCCCGACCUCUCCCCUGCGGCAAUAUACUCAACAGCAUCAUCCCAGGCCCAAUAUUGCCAGGCCAGUGUAUAAUUUGUGCAAUUGAAUUGCAACGGUCUCCGUGGCUAGAUCGACAAGAUUGUCGAUUUUAUGAAUCGGAAGAACAUAUUCGUCUCAGCGGUCCAGGAGACACAGCUGAUCAACAUCUGCAGCUUGCACAGUUGUCAGGAUACAAUGUGCCACGUAAGGAUCGCUUAAUGAAUGGAGGUGGGGGAUUGGCCUUCGUGAUACACCAUUCCGUGAAGUAUAGACCCAUCUCGCCUGCGCCUGGCGCUAGUAACCCGUACAUGGAGUGCAUGAGGAUAGCAGUCAGGUUAGGUACUGCCGAGAUACAGCUAUCCAACGUGUACAUACCGGCGGUUGGCAGCUGUAUCCCAAAUAAUGGCCAAGCUUACAAGGCCGACUUAAGUGGGCUACUGUAUGACCAUAAUCAUCUGCUUUUAGCAGAUUUUAAUGCGCAUCACGUUUCAUGGCAUUCUCCCCUACGUAACGACAAGCGGGGCAUAGUUUUGGCAGAGCUCGUUUUGCACGGUGUUUGAAGACGCCUGAGCCAGUUGUUGUUGAUGUAGCAGUGUGUAGUACACUGAGGCGGCAACCCGUGCUAAUUACAAAAUCCUUAAUUGUUUUCCAUGCCACGCCGCGAAAGCCGGGCAAUGACAUAGGAAAUUCUCCAAUGUCUCAUCAUCUUCCCCGCAUGCCCCACACAUGAUAUCCCUUGUCGCACCGAUUUUGCAUAAGUGAGCUCGUAGUCCUAUGUGUCCUGUUAUGAUACCGAAAGCUUUACUGACUUUCGGUUUGCUUCCUUUCAGGAAUAGCCUCGUCUUCUCACAAUCCGAAUCUCGCCAUAGGAUGUUCGUCAUCCCGCUGACCGUUUUGCUGUUCCACAGUGUUACAUGCGAGUUUGUAGCCCACGCUCUUUACUCAGGCUGCGUCGACCCGAAGGGCUUCGGGCUAACCAAGUUUGUUGACGGCAGUCCUCUGGCCUUCACGGCCAAAUCGUCUGUUUUUCCAUUUCCCCUCACUCCGCUAUGGCCCGGCACCCAAACGCUACGGAUCGUGCCAUUCUCAGAGAAGGCGUUAAUCUCCUUUUUACACUCCAAGACUGUUUGUCACUUUACAGUCUGGUUGUUAUUGCCCUUAUGGCCAGUUUACUGUCCGUAAAGAUGUUCACACUCGACUUCCUCGCGUUAGCCCCACACCACCUCAUGCAUUCCGGAUCUGCGCCUGCAGGACCGUAUUAUGGUCAGGCAGUCUAAAACAGAUUUCGGUCCCUGGGUUCUCUAUGAAGACUCCCAGACCCACUUUAUUCUCUAACUUUGAUUCAUCCGUGUAACAUGAUCUUCUAGAUGACAAUACAAUGGUUCCGUCAAUCCAAGACUGUGCCUCAAGUUUCCUUUCAGGUAUCCGAUCAGAAACCUCUUCCAUUCCUUUCAGAUUUUCUAUCGUCUACUCGAUUAUACCGCGAUGGUAUGAGCUGCUUCUAUCCUCUUUCCAUUCUCCAAUCACCUUGAGUCUCAAAGCGGCAAUGGUUGCCUCACACUAAAUUUGUAUAUCUAAGGGUCGGAUAUCUAGAAUAGUCUCUAGUGCCCUAGUGGGGUUGUUUUCAUAGCUCCGCCUAUGCCAAGACAAGAUGUUCUCUGAACCUGUUGUAUGGUCCUUAUGUUGAACUUUUUCUCCAUAGCAGUCCACCAAACUACUGAGGCGUAACUAAGUAUUGGUCUAAUUAAGCUCCUGUAGGGCCAGUUGACUAUCAUCGGAUUCAGGCCCUAUUUCGAUUGUACGGCUCAUCCGCGAGCCUUCUCGGAAUGCUCCUGAAUAUGAUACUUCCAAUUCCUGUCCAAGAUAACUCCAAAGAAUUUUACCUUGAAAUCGUUCUAUUGAACAAACGUGGUGCGUUAAAUUAGCCCAUCUUCGUCUUCCUGGUGAAGAAGCACAUUUCGGUCUUUCUUGGGUUAACAUUGAGACCCCUAGAUCUAGCCCAGUCGUAUGCCAUCUGCAGGACCCUUUCGGCCCCUUUGACAUGGACAUUAGAGAUUAACCCGCUAACUCGCCACACAUAACUAAUAUCGGGGGUAAUAUGUCUUCUCUAAGCUCAAAAAUUUAAAUGGACAACAGAGGCUGUAUGUGGUGAAUCAAUAAGCGUUGUUUUUGAUUACAAGUAAUUUGAGCUUUGACAACUUCAAUGGCAUUCCUGAUGCUCAACAUUUCAGUUUGAAACGGUACAGUUUUUUAACCGGAAUGUCGAAAAGUAAAAUCAUAAAAAAACUCAUUUCGUUUUUUUUAUAACAAUUCUAAAGCGUACUUUUCCCCGGCCACCAUUUAACAAACUUUAAAGGUCAUAUUUUUCGUUGACUACCGUAUUUUAUAAAGUGGCAUAAUGUCAAAUCGUGACAAGAUCUGUAACUAGGUGAAUUAAUAAAGGUGGUCUUACGCCUACAGCUGAAAACACCCGUCCAGUUUGAAAGUAUUAAGAUGUCAGUUCUGUGUUUACAUUCACAGCAAACCACCCCAUUUUUUGCACGUUCUCUUUGUUUGUGUUUAUCUUUCUCUCACACGUACACACACGAGGGCAAGUUUCUUUGGUUUUGUGGAGAACAAUGUCAAUUUUGCAAUGACAUCUUAAGGACAAGAUGGCGGAUUUCACCAUAUUUUUAUUACUUCGCCAUGGAUCUGUAAGGGGGCUAUAUCAAGGCACAUGCCAAUAUCUCUCAUCAAAUUUGUAUAUAUUCAAAAAACGGAUCAUGUUUGUUUUAAAAAUGGAUUUAGCUUAGUGUAGCUCAAUAUCGUACAUAUAAUUUAAACAUAUAAAACUUUUCACUUUGCUCCAAGCAAAAAUAAAAAAAGUAUACAUUGACUUAUUUCCUAGCCGUAAUUGAAUGUUUUUGAAUAAUUGUGACGAACGAUAAGUUAUAAUUUAUCGUGCCGCCUACCUAAUCGCACUUAUUUUCCAUUAGAUAUACUUGACGUCAAAUUGUCUCUGUAGGGAAUUUCAUUAAAAUUCGAUAGCAUGAACUAUGACCGGACCUUGAAAAUUUAUUUAAAAUACAAAGUUUUCCAUUAAAAACGUAUAUAUAGGCUAAUUUUUGUUUGUUUUUUCUUCCAAGUAUAAGUUGAUUCAAUUUUAUUGAGACCAAAAAUUAAUGGGUUUGUUUACAAUCAGUUUUUAAAAUAAAACUGAAGUCAAUACUCGUACUGCUUGCUGUCAACGAAGUUUUUAUUACGACAUUAAGAGUCUGUUCGUUGUCAUCCAAAUAGUAUAUAAUAUUUGCAGUUUGGCAAGCUGGAUUGGUGAAACUAAAAACACAUUGAUUAAAGACAAAAUAUAUUUGGAAUUUGUACAAAGAACCAUCAGGGCGUUUGCAAAAAAAUAAAUAAAUAAAAAUAAAUAAAUUAUACGAAAGGCUGUGUAACAUAUUAGAAACAACAAAACAAAAACCAAAAUAUAAAAUACAAAACAAACGAAGAAGAAAUUAACAUUUCAGAGAGUGAGAUUGAGAUUCCAUAAAAAUUAUGGCCAUCAAACUCCCACAAACCAAAUACAAAUCAACAAACUGGAGAACUAUGCUUCAAGUGUAUGUCAAGAAAAAAACCACCUCUAAAUAGUUAGAGCCUCAAACCAAAUAGACCCGCAUGGAGAAGUAUUUGUUUCAGCUGGCAAUGAUUUGGAGUUAUAUUUCCAAAUACUUGUGGAGUGAUUAGUGGGUUGAAAUGCAUUCAUUUGUAGUUUCGGCCACAAUUAAUAAACCAAAACAAAAAGAAAUUAGUUUAAAAAGAUACUAUUUACCAAUAUUUUGGAGAAAUUUAAGUGUAUGCAUUGCUAAAUGGAUUUUAGAAUUAGACAAAGAGUUUGGAAUGUUUUUAAAAAUGUAACCGAAAGAAAGUAUUUUAGAGCAAAAUUUAAUGUUGAGAUUAACUAAAACAAAAAAGCAAAGAAAAUUUUGAAUUCAAAACAAUUACCGUUUUGAAAAGAGAAACAAAUAUGCCAAAUAAAGAAAAUGAAAAACAAAAAAAAAAAAAACAAACAA